UUCAUCCUCCUGCCAUCCCUUCCAUCAUUCUAUAGCUCAAAUUCAGUUUUUGACAAUUAGCGUAGCCAACAUAUCUUCUUGUUACCAUACUGUUUUGCUGGGGGAAUAUAUUUAGCACUAACAAGUUAAAUCGAGUCAUAUCAAACUUUUUAGCUAUAUGUGACACAACUAAUUUUACUUUACGUUUCUGUCGGUUGCUAGCUGCUGUGCUAGCUUGCCGACCACGACAUGUAAACAAUCGAACACGCUGUUGACAUCGACGAGGAACGGCUCAAAAGAAGCGUUUGAAUAUAUUCGAAAUAUUGUAAACUGACAAUGUAUUUAUAGGAUAAUGGCAAGACUUGUUUUUAAAUCAAGAGUAAUAUGUCAACUUUUGAUUUUUACUUUAACUGUUAUUGCCUUGAGUCAGUGCACGAAGUUGAAUGUUCCGAAAUUACUGUUGCCCCGUUCCACUGAGGUCCAUGUCGAUUUUACUCUGACAGUAGAAAGAGGUUGUUACACAUGGCUGUCUUCAAAACCCGAUGCAGUCAGUGUCCAGCCACUCUCUGCGGCCAAGCCUCCCUCCCUCCUUCAGUCUUCUGCCUGUAGCCAGCAGGCACUAGUGUCCAGCCUGUCACACACUCCACUGGAGACCGGCCGUGGGGCCAGCCUCAUACAGGGCCAAGACACUGUCACAGGCCACACACUGCGUUGCGACGUCCACAUCGAUCACAUUCACCAGAUUCGUGUUGUCACGACGACACGCCAGCUGUUCACGGACGACCCGCCCCUCCAGUUGUCCGUUGUGGCGCUGGACUCAGGAGGAAACACCUUCAGUAGUCUUGCAGGGCUGCAGUUUCAGUGGGUGUCAGUCAAGGAUGCAGACACAGCAGACAUCACGAGGUUUGUACGGUUCUCGGAGGCGGGAUACUCUUCUCCUCGUCACAUCCUGUCCCUGGAGGAAGCUGGCCGGAGGGGGGAUGUGGUCCUGCUGGAGGGGGUCAGGAGUGGGGUGGCUUGGGUCCGAGUCUCGCUAGUCGAUCCUGAGUACAAGGGGGUGGAGCCAGUGAAGGUGAUCCUAUCGGUGACUGACAGGCUUUACCUAAGCCCCGCCCAUGACACUUACCUGCUGCUUGGCUCCUCCCUCUCCUACCGUGUCUGGAAGACGGUGUACGACGCUCGCACAGAUGUGGUCCUGGGUGUCGGAGGGUACGAGUUGGUCGUUGAAAGAGACCCUGAUGAAGGGGAGGAUGAUGUUGUCACCAUCAACCAGGAAACAGCCACCGUCACUGCUGUUCAGCUGGGCCAUGCCACACUGUCUCUGAAACACCCCAGUAUCCUUAGAAACACUCAAGUUUGGAUCGCUGUUGUCAUGGGUACUCACAAGCCACUCCCUUCAAAAUCCUGUUUUCUCUAACUUCUAACCCUAACACUAAACAUCUAAAACUCCCUAGAAAAAGCGAUUGAACCAAGAAAAUGUCGCCACAGGUUUCACAUUUUUCUUGUUGUACUAUUCCUUGGGGACUUCCUGUCCACACAAGGAUAACUAAACAAGUGCACACACACAACAUGGGGGGAGUGUUGUCAGUGUGUGUUUCCUCAGUGUCGUGUCCAGGUGUCCCUGGGCGCUCAGCCGCCCUGCCUCAGGGGCUCGGUGUUUGUGGUUGAGCCCAGCUAUCUGACCCUCUCUGUGGAGGAGGAGGGACAGGUGGAUUCUGGAGAGAGGACGUCAGUAUCGUCUGUCUGUGUGUGUUCACGACCAACAAGGGCAUAUAGCACACCUGUCACAGAAUGUGGUGAUGACCAUGGAGAUCUGUGAUUGGCUCUUCCAUGUGGUGGAGUCCUCCCUUUAACCACUCCUACAUGUGGUGGAGACGCUGGUGACAGGACACUGCACCAUACGAGCCUCCCUGGUCACCAUCCACACCGAGGACGGACAGGCGGUGCAACUCAUCCCACCAAUCAGAGCCCAUCAGGAAGUUGAGGUCUUUGAGCCCCUGACCUUGCGCCCCCCCGUCCUGGUGUUUCCCUGGCAACCAGAGGGACAGCUCUAUCAGCACCUUGUUCAGGUGGAGGGUGGCAGUGGCACUCUGAGCUGGUCGGUGAGUGACAACCACGUUGCCUUGGUGACAGUAAAAGGGGAAGUGUUAGCUGGAAAGAGGCGGGGCCGAACCACAGUCCCAGGCAGCGGACGCACGCAACCCUCUACACACAGCCACGGGCCUGGUGAG